AUGGAUUCAGAAUACAGUUAUGACGAAGGGUCUGAAACAUGGCCAUACUUCGUGUUGGCAUUGUUAGUGUUCGCCUUGUUGCCCGUCACGGUCAUCUAUUUAUGGGGAGCCACAGGAUUGGGCUCUUCAACGAAGAAGCGUGUCAGAGGGUCUAUUGAACACAACCAUAAGUCCUUGAAGUUGGAACACGCCGACGCAAUUGAGAAGUUCCACUCUCGCGUUAGGUCGGACAGAAUCUUCAACAAGAAGCUUUUGUUUUUGGUUGUGGGCUGGGGUCUUGCGGCUUUCAUUUGGGUGUCUUUUGCCAAAGAGGUUAGCUUGCAAGGUUUCUUUGACCCCCACACCAUUUUGGACUUACCUUAUAGUGCUACAGACAAGGAGAUUAAGUCCAAGUAUAAGAAGUUGUCCUUGAUUUACCACCCGGAUAAGCUUGUGAAAUAUACAGAGACUGUAAGAAAGGAAAUGGAGGGCCAGUUUCUCCGCAUGAACCAGGCUUACAGAGCUUUGACUGAUGAAGUUACCAUGGAAAACAUCAAAAAGUAUGGCCACCCUGACGGCCAGCAGCAAAUUACUCACGGUAUUGCUAUUCCUAAGUUCUUGGUUGAAGGCAAGUACUCGCCAAUCAUGAUUAUCUUUUAUUUCGUUUUGAUUGGUGUCCUCAUGCCCGUCAUUGUUGGCUCGUGGUGGAAUAACGUGAAGACCCAUACUAAAGGCGGCUUGCAUGUCGAUACCGCUGCUCUUUUCGUCCGCAGGUUGGCCGACAAGAACCCAGGCAAGGUUUUCACCGCCUUUGACAUUUUGGAUUGGGUGCUUCAGUCCCAUGAGAUCAGCAAAAGCUAUUCCAACUUGACCUUUGAACAGCUCAAGUCCGUUGUUGUGAACCAUAUGAACCGUGAGGCUCGUGUUUCUGGUGAUCUUCUUUUGGAGGCAGAGAAAUUGAACCUUCUCUCUCAGCUUCCUACUCUCAUCAACGGGUUUAUUGAAAUUGCCACCGUUUUCAGAGCUCACGAUGUCAUCACUGCUGCUUAUGAUUUGCUCAAAGGACUUUACCAGGCUUCGUCGCCAGUUGGAAAGCACAGAGAAUUGUUGCAGCUUCCAUUUAUUGACAAGCAAACCAUUGAAUCUCAGCCUAUCAAAAAGCUUGGAAAAUUACUCACUUUGCCUAAGGAAAAAGCUGGCAAGGUUCUUGGUAUCUCUGACGCUGACAAGCUUGAAGUUGCCCUUGAUGUGGCCGCCAACAUUCCUUUCAUCAGAGUCCUCGAUGCCUCUUUCAGAGUGCCAGGUGAGGAUAUUGUUCCUCCAAACUCAACCACGCAUGUGGUAGUCUACUUCUUAAUCAAGUCUCAAAGACUAAAAUCUGUGCCUGAAAUCUCUGAGGAACGUUUCCUUGAGGUUGAGGACAUUGAAGACUUGAAGAACCCAUUGAGAUCAAAUGAAGCUCAGCCUGAGUUGCCUCACGCUUAUGCUCCGUACUUCCCUAGCGAUGUCGCUAACCAAUGGGAUGCCUACAUUGUCGGCCAAAGGGACAACAAAUUUGUCGAAGGUACUGCUGCUGCUCCUUUGGAAAGAGUUGACUUGAGCAACUUGGAACUAACACAAGAGCAAUGGGUCGAAGGUAAGGAAGACACUGUCAUUCUCAGUUCCUUCAAGAUCCGUUUGCCUGUGCCAGCUCCUCCAUCGAAGGGCACCUACCACUUCAGAUUACUUUUGAAGAACAAUGCAUACUUCGGCAACGAUGUCGAUAUUCCAUUGGAAAUGAAUGUCCUGGAUCCACCAAUCAAUGUCGAAGCUGUCAAGAAGGCCGCAAAGGCCUUUGGUGGUGCUGAUGAUGAUGAGGAUGACGACUCUGACAGUGACAUCUCAGAUCCCGAGGAGGAUUCGUUAGCUGGUGCAUUGGCUGCGCUUAGAGGUGAGGCUGUCAAGAAGGCUGAUGGCGAUGAAGAAGAGGAGGAUGACAACGAAAGUGUUUUCACCGACAUCAACACUGACACUGAAGAUGAAGGUGAGAAGUAG